UUUGGCAGACUUAAUCCUGCACAUAGUGUAAUUCCUAAUCCAUCUCACCAGAACUCAUCUGCAAAAGAGACCUGCCAAAAUCUGUGCCAGAAAGGCUGGAUUAGUUACAAAGGUCACUGUUAUUUUCAAAAGAGAAUGACAUAGACCCAAGCUGAGAAAACCUGCUGGACUGAAAGAGCAGGAGGUCAUCUAACUAGCAUGGCCAGUGCAGAUGAGAAUGAAGUCCUUUGUAAACUUGCUCAGCGACAGAAGGAAACCCAGUUCUGGACAGGGGGAACUUACCAAAAGGGAUCAUUUUUGCAAUGUAGUGAUGGAUCUCUGGCAACCUUCAUCCAGAGGCCUCUGUUAUCCCUUUUCAGAGCUGUUGGAGGACUAGUUAACAGCCUAUUUAACAUAAAAAUUCGCCUGACCCUGAAUAUUGGCAGGGGUGAAUGGGACCGAUCUCCCUGCAGCAAGCGGCUACCGUUCAUCUGCGUUUACAAACCAAAACUGAUGCACUCUUAA